UGCCCCAUCAUUGGUGUCAGUGGGAGGAAUAGUGCCCCAUCAUUGGUGUCAGUGGGAGGAAUAGUGCCCCAUCAUUGGUGUCAGUGGGAGGAAUAGUGCCCCAUCAUUGGUGUCAGUGGGAGGAAUAGUGCCCCAUCAUUGGUGUCAGUGGGAGGAAUAGUGCCUCAUCAUUGGUGUCAGGGGAGGAAUAGUGCCCCAUCCUUGGUGUCUUUGAUAGGAAUGGUAUCCCAUCAUUGGUGUCUUUGGGAGGAAUGGUGUCCCAUCGUUGGUGUCUUUGGGAGGAAUGGUGUCCCAUCAUUGGUGUCUUUGGGGGGAAUGGUGUCCCAUCAUUGGCGUCAGUUUGGAGGAACAGCGCCCUGUUGUCGGUGUCAAUAGCAGGAACA